AUGUCUUCGUCCGUCGUCGAAGCCACCGCGGAUGCUUCACCGCAUCUCCGCGUGUCCGCAUCCAAGGGCCAGGCUGCGCAAGCUACCCCCGAUAAAACAGAGCCUUCAACUAGAAUCGACCCUCCAGAAACCUCCGCUGUCGAUGACCACUUCUUUUGGACGUACACAGAGGAGCCGCAUCGCUCCAGGCGACAAGCCAUCAUCAAAGCGCACCCGGAGGUCACCAAGCUCUGCGGACCAGAGCCCCUGACCAAAUAUGUCGUUCUGGGCGUCGUCUCUCUCCAGGUCCUCUGCGCCUACCUGCUCCGCAACACCUCCAUGCUCGACUGGAAAUUUCUCGCAACUGCAUACGUGAUCGGAGCCACCUCGAACCAGAACCUCUUCCUCGCCAUCCACGAGAUCUCCCAUAACCUCGCCUUCCGGUCUGCCAUGGCCAACCGUCUGCUGGCCAUCUUCGCCAACAUCCCCAUCGGUUUGCCCUACAGCGCUGCGUUCCGGCCCUACCAUCUCACCCACCACAAGUCCCUCGGCGUCGCCGGCCUAGACACCGACCUUCCCACCGCCGUCGAAGCCUUCCUCCUCGACUCCAUCCUCGGAAAGGCCUUCUUCUGCACCUUCCAGAUCCUCUUCUACGCCGUCCGCCCCAUGUUCAUCUACAGCCCUCCCUUCACCUCCAUCCACGUCCUGAACCUGAUCACCCAGCUCACUUUCGACUACGCCCUGACCAAGUUCUGCGGCGGCUCCCUCCAACCCCUCCUCUACCUCCUCCUGAGCUCCUUCCUCGCCGGCUCUCUCCACCCCUGCGCCGGCCACUUCAUCGCAGAGCACUACUUCUUCUCCCAAGUUGGCCACGGCACCGAAUCCAUCCAAGAGCAAAAGAACAACCAGAAGAAGAAGCCUCACCCUCUCGAUUCCCUCCCCCCACCGGAAACCUACUCCUACUACGGCCCCCUCAACUUCUUCACCUACAACGUGGGCUUACAUAACGAGCACCACGACUUCCCCGCUAUCCCCUGGACAAGACUGCACGAGCUGCACCGCAUCGCUAGCGAAUUCUAUGAACCCCUCCCCUGCCAUCACAGCUGGGUGUGGGUGAUUUGGACGUUCAUCCUGGACAAGAACGUCGGCAUGUGGUGUCGGGUUAAGCGUGCGCAGGGCGGUCGUCUCGUCGGUGGUGGGGGCGGACGCGCGGGUGAAAGCAUCUCGGCUUCGUCGGCUGGUCCGGAGGGGGAAUCGGGAGAUGGGUGGAAGGAGAGUGAGAUUCAGAAUUGA